AUGCCCUCCUUAUCGCAACAAUACUGGACCAGAAUCAAUAUUGACAACACGAAGGACUUGGAGACGCGAUUCCACACGCGACGACUGCAAGUACUCCAGAAUGUGGAGGAAUCCAAUAUUUUGGACUGGCGACCCUAUCAUGACUUUCACAGCUAUCUGGACCAUUUUGAGUUCUAUGUACUGAACAAGACAGCAGAUCCUUCACCACCACUGCAUCAACUGACCAACUACAGCUACUUUCAUCUCCCCGACGAGAAGGGGGCUGACGGUUUGUGUUGGGCAGCCAAGUUGUUUUACAAACACUAUCAACAGCCAAAUGCUACAGCUUUGCCGCAUGUCCUUCUUGCCUAUAUCAGUCGAGAUUGGGGUGCCUUUUCUGUCAAGUGGACCCGUGGAGUCUAUCUUCAUCCAGACUACACCGAGAGACUUGCCAAGAAGCAAAAGGAAUGCUAUGAUCAAAACGGCAACAAUAUACUUGAUUUAUACUUGAACCAUCCCGAUACCAAGGCUGUCAUCACCACCCAAGGACAUGAUGUUUCAAACAAAAAGGGGCAUUCCAUUGCCUUGGGAUUGGAAGGAUAUGUGCAAGUACACAUGAUUUCCAGGCUACUCCAACAACAACAGCCCCGCCAACCAAGGCCGGUCCCGCUGUACAUUAGCUACCGGGAAAGGGAUUUCCGCAUAGCACCUUUGCAGCCUCUGCACAAACGAUUGCAAAUACCCAACAGCUAUCAGCGACCAUGGGGCCCUGAUAGUGUCCAACAAGAGGUAUUGCGUCCGUUGUCUCAAGUCGUUCGGAUUCGUCGAGGCAUUCUAUAUUUUUGGCGCCACAAGAUACGAAGGCUUCCCCUGAACUCAGAUAUGCAAAUUUUGCAGGACGGAAUGCAGUAUUUUCAUGACGUUAGUCAUGCCAAGUUUAUGCUUUCCCCUGUGGGGUGGGGAAUGGAUUGCUACCGGAACUAUGAAAUGUUGUACAUGGGCACAAUUCCCGUGAUCGAGACCCGGAAUCGCACCCAUGACAGGUGGUUUCGUGUUUUUGAUGACCUCCCAGUGGCAUUCAUUGAUCACUAUGACAACCUGACAAACAAAUGGCUGGAGGUGGAAUAUAGGAGGAUAUUGCAGGGCUCCUAUCGUUGGGAAAAACUGACCAAACAGUACUGGGUUAAUUUUACCAAGGCAUUUGUGGAAUGAAUUGAUGGGGAAAGAAGGAAUCGGUAGAUCAUCUAUAAGAAAUAGUUUUGCCGUAUCUACCUGAAAUCCAAAGCUGUCUUCCAGGGAUGCCACCGCAACGAAAGUCAUACUCUCAACACGCUAGUAAGACUUUUUCUUCAAGGAGCGGCUAACUAGCUAGGAGAGCGAAUUCACCUACAUGUUCUAGUAGCUGGCUGGUACCAAAGGGAGGAAUACGGGUAUAGUAUGAUGCCAAAGGUUGCUAUGGUAUUGGUACAAAUCCUGGAGAGGUGCACCAAAGUACCAAUGACUGCAAAUUGAUCAACGGCACCAACUAAGGUCAUCAAGGCAAGUGUUUCGUUGUGUUGAGUAGCCCAAACCUAGCCUGCAUCUGCUGUAGUUUGUCUUCCCGCUGACAGAUUAUGCAUCCAGAACACCAAGCUAGAGCUAGCUGGUAUGCAUAGCUACGGGCAGCUUGCAGCACACCCUUGACCUACCGGUACGUGUGCCAGUGCCAAAAGAUCCACCAUCCAGUCAAGGCACUCGCCAACAGAGUCACAAAGGCCCAACAUCGCUCUCAGAUAUCUAAGCUGAACCAACUUUUAGUUAGUUUAGUAGAUAGAUAUCGCUGGGGAGCUAGCUAGCAGCUAUGCAUAGAUUGCCUGAUUUCUCAUCUCCCGAUCCCACACACACUUCAAGGAUAU